ACUAUAAAAUCACACAAUUAUGGGCUUGCUUUAGUAACUGCAACGCUGGAUCCAAAGGAAAAUGGGCGGAUCAGUGUGGUCGCAUUCGCAUUCAUUGUCACGUCUAACGUUACUGCGGCGAUAUGCGGCACUGUAGCAAGCUUACUUCUCAAACCAGGUAAGAUGAAAAUUGAACGACUGUCAAAAUCCACGAACAUUUCGUCAGUAAAUCAAACCUUAUUCACGGAAGUUCCCCCCAAAACCUCUGAUAUCUUCGCUGACCUUCUGUACAACCUCUUUCCAGAUAAUAUCGUUGGAGUAUGCCUGUUUCAGUCACGAACAUCUUACGUUGCCACUACUCUGGGAGCCGGAAACGAGGCGUUGAAGAGAACCUUUAAAAACAUCGACUCUGUUAAUAUGCUGGGACUUCUUUUCUGCUCCUUCGUAUUCGGGAUCGCUGCAGGGAGUGCGGGUGAACAGGGGAAACCAUUUCUAGACUUCUUCAAAUCUGUCGUGAAAGUCGUCUUCAAAAUAAUGAAUAUUUUCCUGCUCUUUACUCCCGUGGGGGUGUGUUUCAUGAUUGCCGGUCCACUUGCCAGUGUGCGAGACCUUAGCAGCACUCUUAGUCAAUUGGGUUUCUUCAUGUUCACCGUUAUUGUGGCACUCGUUGCUCACCUGAUCAUCAUGUUCUCACUCUACCUGGUUGUGGCCCGGGCCAAUCCAUUCAAGCUCCUUCCCUACUGCUUCCGCACGUGGCUCAUCUCCUUCACAACACUGGCGCCCGUGGUUGCCAUUCCCGACCUGUACAAAGCCAGCGAUCGCUUUGGAAUUGACCACAACAUCUCCCGAUUCGUUGUUCCACUGACGGCGGCUUUGAAGGGUGACGGAUCAGCUGCUUUCCUUGGUGCCUCGGCUAUCUUCAUCGCCCAGCUCUCUGGAACCCCCAUAACCGCCGCUUCCGUCGUCAUCGUCGUGCUGUUAAGUGCCUCGGCAGUCUUCGCGAUCCCCAAUAUUCCAAGCUCUAGCUUGGUUAUUCUGGUGACGAUUCUUUCGUCUCUCGGUGUUCCCGUGAACUACGUUGGCUUGCUCUUUGCUAUCGACUGGCUAUUGGACCGGUGUCGGACCACAAAUCUCGCCGUCUUACACCUCUACUGUGUGGCGUUCACGCACUACAUUUGCAGGAACAGACUGCACUCGAAGGUCCACCAAGUCGAGCUCACAUCAACUGAGGUAAAUGGGGAAUUCCCGGCUUCCAAAAAAGAGAUCGACAUUGAGCGCAACGCUGACAAUACGCUCCGCGUUUCGGAUGCUCCAGCGGUGCUCCACUAA